UGCUCACGAGUGGUCGUGUGGUGUGGUGUGUGCCGCCAGCCUCGCGGUACCUGUGUUACACUGGUCGCCCACGCUGGCCCCGCGGAUGUACCUUUAACGACGACACAUGCUGUUGCCUCAGUGUUGAUAGUGUUGACUUGUGAAUUGUUACAGUGUACAAGUAGCGACUGUUUGACGCAUCCAGGUGUAGAGAAGACGUCCUUGCCCCUCACACGUGUUCCACCACCACUCUUUUUGAAGGAAGAGCCGCCCAGGCCAGCUGAGGUAGAGGCAGCGUGUGUGAGGUGGGCGGUGCAGGCUGGCCGCCGUAUAAGGCAGCGGGCCAGGCGCCUCGCACCUGCUCACACACUCCAGAAUGCCGGCCAGCAGAACCAGCAGUCGAGGGUCGGGGGAGCACCACAGUGACCAUUAUGGUGUUAUGGCCGUCAGACACUAUGAGUCCGGUCCACCCGCCUCUAAACAACAGCUCUCUAAGGUUGAUGAUGGUGACGUGUUCGAAACAGUGAAGGAAGAAGAGUGGCUGACGAGGAAGAAGGUGACGACCACGACGACGAAGAACAUAGAGACGAGGACACAGCGGCAGGUGGUGCUGGAGGACGGGCAGGUGGUGGAGGACUCUGGCCCCGUCGUCACCACUGACUGUAAGGGAGGACACGGUCACCAGGAGGUGCAUGCUGAUGAGGGAAGCAGGAAACGGUACGCUUCCAGAUACAGGUAUUGGUUAUGGUACCUGUUUGACGUACCGGUAUGGUCUCCUGGUAUUGGUGUGGUCUCCUGGUACUGGUGUGGUCUCCUAUUACCGGUACAGUCCAUCAUGGUACCGGUAGAGCCCAUCGUGAGGGUGAGGUGGAGCAACAUUCUGCAACACCACCACCCAACACCACCCACUACCACCACCCAUCACGCCACCCACUACCACCACCCAUCACGUUAUUGUCAUCAUCAAACGGAGGUAGAGGACCACGUACAAGGGCACGGUGACCUGCGGGCGCUGACGGAGGCUCGUGGCUGGGAGGUGGCCAGACCCGAGCGGCGCGUCGUGCACGAGUCAGCCCGCAAGUGGGGCACUGUUGAUACUGAAGACGUGCACGAGACCAGCAGAGUCCAGGACGGGCACGUGGUGACAGAGACGGAGAGAACGACCCAGCACGAGCAGUACGAGAACGAGUCACUGCCAGACUCUGGGUCUUCCCUCAGUGACGGGUCAGUGCACGAGGAGGCGAGGGAGACUCAACACAACAUUGUUCACACCAAGGACGAGGACCUGGUCGAGUACUACGGUGUGCCCCGAGGUGGUACUCUAGCUCAGGGCGUCAAGCUGGGUGAGGGGAUGCAUGUUGUGAGUGAAGACUUCCAUGAGGACCGGGAGGGUGAGGAUCUAGACUCCCUCAGUGAGAGACUCCGACGAGCUCGCCGCCUGGGAGCCUUAAAGCCCAAGCCACGGGACGCCCAAGAACGUACGGACGCCCUCACGCGACGCCCGCUGGACUAUCAUCAGGAGGAAGAAACCCGCAAGUCUGAGACUAACCGCUGGCUGGAGAACCACUUUGGCAGCGAGUCAGGUCGUUCUGGCAGCUCUCAUCAGGACCCAGAGGAGGAGGGCGGCGGCUUGCACACAGCUGGCGGCAACGUCAUCACCAUCACCAUGAGUCCUCGUCCGGCCACCCCCGAGGACCAGCCGGACGUUGCUCCUCCAUCUAUUCAUCGCUGGGGAAAUUCUCCAAUGACUACUAACCAUACACUGGCAUCUAAGGCUCCCCCGCCGCCGCCGCCACCUAAACCUGCGGCAGCUUGGAUGCCGCCACCGCCAGCUACCUCCUCACACCAACAGUCACCACCCAGUGAGGAGAUCACACACACCAUGAUCGCUGCAGCCCGGGCAAAAUUACGGUCAACGGGACGUAUUCUAGACGACGGCGAAAACGGCACGCCACCUACCAGUCCUCCCGCCACAAACGGUGUGAGGUUUACGAGCUUACAAGACCGGACACAAGUGCUGCCACCAUCUUCAGGAACCUUCGCCUCACCACCAAUGUCCCCUACAGGAGUUAGUCGACCUCCUGAUGACCCAGUGUACAGUAGUAGGUUCAGGUCGGGCAGUCCUGCGGGGUUUGUACCAACACGUGUGUUCUCCACACCCGGCAAAAUGUCCAGACCCCCGGCAGACUCUCCUCCAGACAGUCCUCCUCCGCCUCUCCCGGCCACCCCACCACCACCACCAAGCAACAAUGUCGGUAGGUCACAGUCGUUUAAUGUGACCGCCAAGAACUGGAUGAACGGUGGGUCAAGGACUUCGUCUUCUCGUCUUAUGGAUACACGAAUGAAGGAGUACCGCAGUGAGGAGCAGCUGGACACCGUGGGUCACAGGCCCUCCAGACAGUGGCCCCCGACACACAGGGAAGUUUCACCAGAGCCUCAGAGGGAGACAACACCCCCUCCUCCCCCACGACAACGCAGCUCCCUGUCACCUCACACACACUACAACACAACGCCCACCAGGUCCUCCAGGCCAUCCAGAAUCUCAGAUUUUGUAACACAAACAAUCGCUAGAGAUUCGGGAACACAGACCGAGUCAUCACCUGUGCCACCACCGCGCACCAAGAGAAAGAGCAAACCUAAAACUUAUUACUUUGGCCAAGACUCUUCAUCCUCUACAUCAUCAUCUCACAAAGCAACAAGAACACCGAACACUACAACUACUACAGCUUCAUCCUACACCAGAACUAGUACACACAACCAAAUGUCACCGAAGGUCGAGAGAAAGUUCCGCACGACAAAGACCAUCACCCCUGUCAUAGUGCCCAAAACUACCACCACUGCCAGCAGUACAAACCACAACUCCAGCAUGAAGAACCGCUCGUGGCACUACCGCAGCAUGGACGAGCUCAGUACAGGUGUGGAUAGUACUCCCAGAGCUUCCUGGACCAACACUGUUGAUCCUCGCCGGCGUCCUCGCGACUACUCUCAUCAGGCUAAAGAACCAGAGAUGCGGACACUGCCCAAGAAGCUGGUGAACGGCACUUUGUCUCCCAGCAAAACUUACAUCUUCGGCGGCGACAAUACAUCAAACGGAAGCCGCGUGCGGUCGGAGUCUUCGUCUCACCUGCGGAGGUCACACGGAGGCUCCAUGGUGAACGUGUCCCUGGCUGGCAUGUCUUCUCCUAAGAGUAAGGCUGUGGUGGAGCCUCAGGACAGACAGUCACCACCACGAGACAUUCGACCCGUCAUCAGAAGUCAGAGCCUCAAUGUGAAGCCCGCCCCUCUCAGUGUGCCGCCCUCAACAGUGUCUCCCAGUGUUGGUCUGUCCAGCCACCAGCGCACUUCCUCUGUAUAUAAAUCGUCCCCUUACCUGAACCUGAGAAGUCCCAACCUCAUCGCCACCAUCGCCCGCUCUAACUCCACGAGACGAAGUGACGAGGACCACAACGGUAACCACGAGCGGGAAGAAUCACCGCCUCCCGCCGAACGAUAUCGCUCUCCUCGCCAGGUGUCGGGAAGCUCUUCCCGUAGGGCCAGCCUCACGCCUACCCACAACCACAGUAAUGCCCCGGUCAUGAACGGCCAAGACAGCCGAGAGGAAGAAAAGCGGAACAGAUUUAUGAAGGGUCUCCUGACCUCGGCCCCGGAGCUCUUCCACUUCAUUCACGGUGAUGAAGUUGAUAAACCAGGGAAUGACAACGCUCCCAGUAGAACCCGUCAGCCCUCCAACCCGCCUGAAUCGCCACCACAGCUGAUACGACCUCCAGAAUCUCCGCUGACGUCCCCUACGGUCACGUCGCCGCCAGCUUCUGCAGCCCCUCGUAUCUUCACCUUCGGACGAGGGGAAACGGGAUCUCUCAAGAGGAGUCCUUCACUGUUGCAGGAGAACAACAACAACAACCGCUUCAGUAGUCUUGGGAGGCCUCGGGAGAGUCUCAGCAGUAGUCACCGCGACAACAACAUCUCCAGUAGUCAAAGAGAGACAACAACCACCAACCAACGCAACAGUCUCAGCUCUCAGUAUCACCGUAAUGCCCUCCUCAACCAAAAUGGAACCAAUUCUCUCUCUCGGCCAAAAUUUAAUCUUAAGUCGUCGGGCGACGGGUCGUCUAUCCUGUACUCCACCUCCUUCCGUAACAGACAAGAACCCAACACUACGUCCCUGAACAGACGGGGCUCCGACUCCUACGACCCUCCUCCACAGUCACGGCGGUGGAGGGAACAGGAGGACGCCGUGGAAGGGAAGAGUGGAGGGAAGGUGACCUCCAAUAUCACAAGAGAUGGAGCUGUCCUCAUCCCCAUAAGAGAUUGGAACAGCCGCUGAUACGAUGGUGCUAAUGUUAGAUGUAGAUCCUUGUAUGAUGAUGACUCCGGUCAACUACUUAUACCAAACAUUUAUUGUGGCGUUGUUUAAUUAGUUAAUAAUAACUACGUCAUACUCUGGCAGAGCUUUUGGUUGGAUACCGAAUUGUGGAGCAAGAGAAGAGCUUUAUGAGGCCCAGUAACCUCAGAGGUCUGGUGAUACUGUAUCCACUAAAAGUCAUUUUGUUAUGUUCUAAACCAAUGGUAGUCAAUAUCAAAUUAUUUAUUAAUAUUAAUAUUUACUGGACGUCUCUCUGUUUGACGCUCUCAAGGUGGGGGGCGGAGCUCUCCUGGCCUCACUGCUGUGAGCUGAGGUUGAGCUCCUGUGAGUGGUACACCUCCCAACUCAUCUGCCUACUGCAGGUAUGACAGUGUUGUGUGGCGUGACUGUAACAAUAGGACCUCCUUGGGUCACUCACCGUUGGUUAAAACAAGGUUAUGUGUGAAGCAGAUAUGUUAAAUGUGCCAUAAAGUGUAAGACAUAGUUGUGGUGAGGGGGCCCUGCCUCCUGUGGUGAGGGGGCCCAUGCUUGUGUGGUGAGGGGGCCAUGCCUUCUAUGGUGAGGGGGCCAUGUUUGUGUGAUAAGGGGGGCCUCACCUUGUGUGGUGAGUUGGGAUGAGAGGGCACUGCCUUGUGAGGUGAGUUGUGGUAAGGGGGCCCUGCCUAAUGUUGUGUGUUGUGAUGAGGGGCCCUGCCUCCUGUGGUGAGGGGGCCAUGCCUUGUGGUAAGGGGGGCGUCACCUUGUGUGGUGAGUUGGGGUGAGAGGGCACUGCCUUGUGAGGCGAGUUGUGGUAAGGGGGCCCUGCCUAAUGUUGUGAUGGGAGCACCUGCCUCCUGUAGUGAGGGUGUGGCGCUGAAGUUGUGGUCACCCACGAUUACUCACACACACACACACACGCUGUCUUGCUGGAUAAAUUAAUCAUCACUUUAAUUGUGUGUUAAACACCAUUGUUCAGUACAGUACACACCAAGCUCUACUAUACCUUCUUCUCUGCAUCAGUAAUAAGUGACUUGAGAUAUUGCAGUGUUUCCCGACGGUCAGUUGCUGCUCUCAACUAUACUCUCGCUUAAAGAAAAAAAAGUAGAAAUAAAUGACUUUUAAGUAAAAACUCCUACCUUAACUUUUGUACUAAACAGGUUUUGACUUCAUAAUGACCGUCGAUUCAGCUUUAAUGACGAAUGUGAAAGUAAUAUCAAUAGAACUGGAUCAUUUUAUCUUUAGUUAUUUUUUGGCUGCCCACAAACUUUAAUCUUCUUACCUCAGAGAGACAUUUUCCACUGUUGGCUUCGUCACUCACAUCUAACCAAAUACUAGUGAGGGUUGUGUCUUAUUAUGGCUUCCUGUUCUUUGUCUUCCCUUAAUUAAUUUUUAAUUCUAAUCGUCCGUGUACAUUAUAUGUUUAUUGACGUAUUAUUGGUAAGGAACGUUUGCAUAAAAUGUAUGUUGUUAGUUUAAGGUGAUUGUGUAUAUUUUAAAUAACUGUAUAAAUACUGUAAUAGGUGAGUUUGAUGUCAUAAACCAGUAGUUGAUAACACUCUACAUGAUGCCAUAUCAUGAUUUUUGCCAAAUGUUAAGUGUCAUGAGCUAUUAAUAUAUAAGUAUUAGUAAACAGCUUUAUUUUCAGUAAAUAUUGUAAUCUCAA